CGCGGGCGGAAACAAGGGCGAGAACGAGGGCGGGAGCGACGGCGGGAACGACGGCGGGAGCGACAGCGGGAGCGAAGGCGAAAAUGAGGGAAAGAACGAAGGCGAAAACGAGGGCGGGAGCGAGGGCGGGAACGAGGGCGAGAAUGAGGGCGAGAACGAGGGCGGGAGCGAGGGCGAGAACGAGGGCGAAAACGAGGGCGGGAACGACGGCGGGAGAAAGGGCGGGAGCGAGGGCGGAAACAAGGGCGAGAACGAGGGCGGGAGCGACGGCGGGAACGACGGCGGGAGCGAAGGCGAAAACGAGGGAAAGAACGAGGGCGAAUACGAGGGCGGGAGCGAGGGCGGGAACGAGGGCGAGAAAGAGGGCGGGAACGAAGGCAGAACGAAGGGCGAGAAAAAAGGCGAGAAUGACGGCGGGAACGGGGGCGGGAACGAUGGCGACAACGAGGGCGGGAACGAAGGCGGGAAUGCAGGCGGGAACGACUGCGAUAACGAGGGAGAGAACGAGGGCGGGAACGAGGGCGGGAACGAGGGCGGAAGCGAGGGCGAAAACAAGGGCGAUAAUGAGGGCGGGGACGAGGGCGGGGACGAGGGCGGGAACGAGGGCGAGAACGAGGGCGAGAACGAGGGCGAGAACGAGAAAACUAAG